CGCGUCUUUCAUUCCGUCCUAAUUUCCGUUUUGCCAAUCUCCUCCUCUCUUCUCGUCAACGGAAUAUUUUCUUUCAUUUUCCAGAUUCUGGAGUUCUCUGCGGAGUAAAAAUUCAAAAUUGCUACUGAAUUAUUAUUCUCUCUUAUUAUGAAAAAGAUUAUGAUGAUUAUUUAUUUACUAUAGUGAAAGAAAAGAUAUGGGUUGCACCAGCUCGAAGCUCGAUGACUUGCCGGCGGUGUCCCUUUGCCGGGACCGGUGCUCCUUUCUCGACGAGACCAUCCACCAGCGCUUCGCCAUGGCCGAGGCUCACGUAGCUUAUGUUCACUCUCUUCAGUCUGUCGGCGCCUCUCUGCACCGUCUCUUCAGUCUGGAUCUCGACGAUCAUUCCUCCCCUGCAGCUGCCGACGACGACGACGACGGACCCACCUCCCCGGUUCACAAAGCCGGCAAGAAACAACACGCCGCCGAUGUUUAUCACCACCACUCCAGCUCCGGGUCACACCUUUGCAUCCACUCCGAUUCAGAUGAGGACGAAGAUUCCUCCCACUCGCCCUCUUUACACCACCAAUCGGAAUCCCCCCCGCCGGGUCAUUCCUAUGAGGAUCCGAGCACACCCUAUGCUCAUUCCCCUCAAGCUUCGACUUCCGGCACGUUUACGCACAUGAAUUUCAUGCGGAACCAGUCCACGCCGUCGGUGACCUAUCAGCAACGGCCGAUGAGUGCCGAUACUGUGCGUAUGGAUGACCUCACUUCUUCCUACUACCCCUAUUACAACCCUAACCCCAAUCCCAAUUCCAGCCCCAACCAGUCUUUCUUCAGUUAUGCUACUACUGCUGCUGCUAGUUUCUUUGGUUCCUCGCAGCCAGGGCGAAGCUCAAAUUCAACAUCUCAGCCGGGUUACCAGGCGUGGGGGCCAUCAUCUGCGCCAUCCACUUCCAAGCAAGCUCCACCCCCUCCACCUCCCCCGACUGGCUCAGCUUGGGAUUUUUUGAACCCUUUUGAGAGUUUUGAUAAUUUCCACCGUCCUUUCUCGCCAAGCAGGAAUUCUAAGGAUGUCAGGGAAGAGGAGGGGAUUCCCGAAUUAGAAGAAGAUGAUGAUUCUGAGCACGAGGUUGUGAAGAAAGUCCAAGUAGAUCACAAUUUCAUGGGUGGUGGUGGCGGUAGAAGGCCCGGCGGAAGCAAAUCCGAGAAGGCUGCCGCCUCCUCAAAGAAGAAGAAUGACAAGCCAAGUGACUCGGAGUCGGUUUACAGGGGACCUGGACCGAACGUAUCUGAUCCGGUUGAAUAUGAGGUGCAUGUGGUGGAUAAGAAAGUGGUUAAGGAGGAAGGGACAUCAGAGAAUCGCGACAGUGCAAGGGAAGGGUUCAAGGCUCGUGGCAGAUUCAAUGGAGACUCCGAUGUCAUGGGUGAGAUUCAGAUUCAAUUCCAACGAGCAUCUGAAUCUGGCAGCGAAAUGUCGAAGAUUCUUGAGGUUGGAAAGCUUCCCUACAACCGCAAGCACGCUGCCUAUCAAGCUUCUUACAAGAUGUUGCAUGCGUUUACUCCUUCCUUGUCCGUGUUAUCGUCAAAACCUUCUACUUCAGAUGGCGCAGAGGGUGAUAUCUCUGAUCCUGCUUUAUUAGAUGUAGAAGGGGAAGUGAGUUCUUUAAGGCCCAGAAGUCUUUCUUCUACCUUGCAAAAGCUUUAUCUUUGGGAGAAGAAACUCUAUGAAGAAGUCAAGGUUGAGGAGAAAAUGAGGGUCCUUCAUGAGAGGAAAAGUUUAAGGUUGAAGCAACUAAGUGAAAAGGGUGCCGAGACUCAAAAAGUUGAUGUCACAAGAACUUUAGUUAGGAGCCUUUCAACAAAAAUCAGAAUUGCAAUUCAAAUUGUUGAUAAGAUUUCUGAGAAGAUAAGUAAAUUGAGGGAUGAAGAAUUGUGGCCACAAUUGAAUGACUUCAUACAUGGGUAUGUAGUUUUCAUACCGCCAUUAUGUUUUUUUAGCUCGUGUUCAGAUCUAAUUGGGGAGUCUAUAUUUUAUUCAUUUGAACUAACAUGGUUAUUUGCCAUGGUCUCAUUCACUCUCAUGGUAGUUUCUGUUGUCAUUUUAUAACAACCUCGUUUUGUAUUCGGUGCACACACACACACGGGCAUGCACAUCGGGUUAGGUUAAAGUUUUGUACAACGGGAUUUAUAAUUUAUUGUAUGUAGGCAUGUAGCCCGAGUUUAUAAAGUAAUUUAUUCCUUUAAGCAUUUUAAUGGUUGUGUAAUAUUUUUAAAAUCUGUAGGUUAUCAAGAAUGUGGAAAUCCAUGCUUGAGUGCCAUCAGAUUCAGUACCAUGCGAUUAUGGAAGCAAAACGAUUAGAUUCCAUUGCACUUAACAAACAGUUUAGUGAUGCUCAUCUUGAAGCCACUUUGCACCUUGAGCACGAUCUUCUUAACUGGACUUUAAGAUUCUCUUGUUGGGUAAGUGCCCAAAGAGGUUAUAUCAGAGCGCUGAAUAAUUGGCUUAUGAAAUGUCUCCUUUACGUUCCUGAAGAAACAGAUGAUGGACCAGUUCCAUUCUCUCCUGGUAGGAUAGGUGCUCCCCCUGUGUUCGUUAUCUGUAAUCACUGGGCUCAAUCAUUUGAAAGGGUUUCUGAGCAAGAAGUCGUAGACAGCAUGCGAGAUUUUGCCACAAACAUCCUUCAACUGUGGGAAAAAGAUAAGCUACAAAUGCGCAAUAGAAUGAUGGACAACAAAAAAAUGGAAAAAAAGAUAAAGAACCUUGAAAGGGAGGAUCAGAAGAUACAUAGAGAGAUGCAGGCAUUAGAAAAAAGGAUAUUAGUAUCAGCAGAGGAAAAUACCCUCUCAUUGAACACGCGUGCCAUUUACCAGAGCGAAACAAGCAAAAACAGUAGCCUUCAGGCUGGUCUUCAGCAUAUCUUUGAGGCCAUGGAGAGAUUUACUGCAAGCUGCUUGAAAGUGUACGAGGAGUUGUUGCAGCGCAUUGAAGAGGAUAAUCUUGCUCGACACCAUGACAGAGUGUCAUAACGAUAUAUGCCUUUGAAGAGGUUUCUGUUAACCUUUGUGGGCUUCGGAGUAACUCCAGCAGAAGUUGCUACUGUUUUGAUCUGAGAGUGGAGAGGCCAAAUGGAGGGACCUGCCCUUGCCCUGCCAUACCAUGUGCUGCUGGCAGCUUGAUCGGUUUCUGCUUGCUUCCAUCAUCUGGAUUACUGGUUAUGGGGAGGGAAGGUGCAGUACAUUCUCCUCGGGCUUCAAUUGCGAGUUUCCUUUAAUCAGACCAUGAUUGGUUUACAAGCAGUGACGGGCGUACUACUGUGGGAGGGCCGGGGAAGGUUCUCGUCUAAGUUUUUUAGAACACAUGCAUCCUUUUGUCUCCCAGCCAGAUUACAGCUCCAUAACAGAAGCCCCCUGCCAAUUUUCCCUUCAUUAUUAUUUUUAAGUUUUCCCUUUAUCCUUGAGAGAUUAGAUUGACAAGUACAUAUCCUUAUGUUUUUUUGCGUGUGGUAUGCCUUGAAUUUGGUCGGUUACUGUAGUUGACAGGUUUUCUUUAGCUUUUUGAGUAGUAUAGAUUCAGUUUGUAAUUUAUUUCUGGCUUAUUGAACUUGUAUAGUUGCUUAAUUAGUUAACUGAUCCAUCUUUAAUAAUUUAUUUAUUAUGCUUCUGUAAUUUGAGUUGCAAAUUGCAAUGCUAUGUUUUUUAAAAGGAUCUUUG